CCCCACCUGACCCAGCUGUCCCUUCUCCUUCCCCCAGAGAUGGAAGGAGAGGCUGUGCUGAAGGCUGAGUUUCCCAGAGCAAGCAGUGGCCCAUUGGCAGCCUCUGCUGCAGGAAGGGAGGCGAUGCCAGGCACAGUCACAGGAGACUGGGACCGUGACUUGCAUCAUUUGGAAAGACUGAUAAAACACGGUUUAAGGGUCUUGGAGCUUGGUGAAGGUCCUUCUCCAUGGAAGAACUCAGACACUGGAGAAAAGAAAUCCCUGGAGGCAGCCAGACAUCUGGACCAGAUGCUGAGCGAUCUGGAGAGACGCCGUGAGAUGAAGCGAAAGGCUGUGCUGAAGGCAGCAUUUCCUGGAGGAAGCAGUGGCCCAUUGGCAGCCCCUGCUGCAGGAAGUGAGGCGAUGCCAGGCACAGUCACAGGAGAUGAGCAUGCUAGCAAGGCUUCUCCAGCAGCUGGGAUGGAAGAUGGUUUGGAACCCUUGGGAGAUUCUGCAGGUGUGUCUGCAGGGAGGACUUUUCAGGCUCCUUUCCUGGUUGCUGCGCACAAGCCCGGCUCCCAUCGCAGGGGUCCGCCGAGAGGGAGGAACAGAUCUACUAAACACAUGAAGUCCCUGGAGGCAGCCAGACACCUGGACCAGAUGCUGAGUGAUGUGGAGAGACGCCGUGAGAUGGACCAAAGGGCUUUGCUGAAGGCAGCACUUCCUGAAGGAAGCCGUGGCUCCGUGCCAGCCCCGGAUACACGAAGGGAGGAGAUGCCAGACAGUGCCACAGAAGACGUUAUCACUGAAACAGGAAUAUUUGCCCCGGAUCCAGUGCGCCUCCCAAGAAUUGUCUGCCCCCAGGAUGUGCGCAGGUCCUGCAUGAUAGGCACGGUGGUGACACUGUUCACCGUGCCCCUCGUGCUGAUCGGCUGCUAUCUUGGCAUUCGGAAGCUGUACCAGAGCAGACGGUCAGUUGUUGAUUUUUCUCCACAGCUUUCUUGUAACUCUGCUCAUAGCAUUGGUAGCCUGACUCGUAGUCAUGCUGCACUGGAGCUGUGGCCAGUCCGUGGUUGUCCAAAGAACUCUGCUGAGGGCUCUGCUGCUGCCCAGUGCUUUCAUUGGCCUCUUCAUUGCUGGGCCUUGUCCUGGGGGGCCCGCUGGGGCUGCAGCCAGUGCUGGCUCCCACUGAGGCUGCCAGGCCAAGAGCAGCCCCGGGGGCACAGGGCAGAGGCAGAGCAAGUUCUCAACAGUAUUUGGGCCACACAGCUCAGGACAGGACAGUGCUUAUUUAGUAGCUCAUGUAAAGUUUCAUGGUGACAGUGAUGUUACCAGACAAGCAAAUUUGCUCCAGUUCAGUGUUCAAACAAAUCCAACCUGAUGAAGGUUUGGCUUUGGCCUUGAGGCUUUGCUCUUUGUGUGAGCCCUGUUCUGGAUUGAUUCCCACUCAGUUUUGGAGCCUGUUUUGG